GCAUAUCAAUCACCAAAAAAUUCCAAAAUUAUAUUCAUUCCCUCUUAAAACCCUCACUCACUCACUCACUACCCCAAAAGAAUGGCCUCUUUCCAUCACCACCACCAUCCCUCCCACCACCACCCUGUCCCCGCCGCCCCUACCACCACCACGUGCUGCUGCUGCCCCUCUACUUGCCGUUCCAGCAUUCACCCAUCUCCACCACCACCUCAACACUCCUCAAUCGACCCACUUCUUCAUUCUCUCGCCUCUCUUCUCCAGCACCACCAGAAUCAGCAGACACCCAGUUUUCACUCUCCUCACUCUAAUACCAAACCUAACGCCCAUAAAAAUCAUCACCAAAUAUCACAUUUUCAGUCGCCACGAAUAAAUUUUCAAUACCUAUUUGAAGAACAAGACUACCCAGAUAUACUCUCUUCUCUUCUUCAACGAAUCAGUACGCUUGAGGCUUCUCUUCACCAUUUUUCUGCUUCUAAUAAGCGUUUUCAGGGCUCGUUUUCUUUGAGAGAAGCAGCUGCUAAGGUUAUUCAAACGCAUUUUCGUGCAUUUCUUGUUCGUAGAUCAAGAACCCUAAGUCAGCUCCAGGAGCUUGCUUUUAUCAAAUCCACCUUCAACGCUCUCAAAUCUUCCGCUUUGAAUAAAACCCAUUUUAAUUAUGCGCUUGUUUCUCAUAAAGUCACGGACUUGCUGCUUAAACUCGACUCUGUUCAGAGUCGUGAUCCUAUGAUUAGAGAUGGAAAAAGGUCUAUAAGUAGAGUUAUAGUGAGGUUUUUGGAUUUCAUUGAUGAGCUUGGCGGUAGAAGGCGUGAAAGUUUAUAUAAACCUGUUAAAAAUGUGAGGAUUUUUAGGAACAGGGCUUUGAAUUCGAACAAUGGUAAUGAUGAUUUAAGCCGAAAUCAAAAGGAAAUAGUAGAAAAAUUGAAGGAAAGAGUUGAAAAGAUUCGUGGGAUUUAUAGGGCUUGUGAGAACGUUGACGAAGAUGUUGAGCUUGAAGGCUUUCAACAAUUCAUUGACGAUGAUGAAGAUGGAGAUGGUGAUAAUGAUGAUGACAAAGAAAGCGUUAAGGUUUCUAAUGUUAAAAAUGGGAUUUUGGUGAAAAGAAGUAGUGGUAAACCUAGAGUGAAGAAAUUUGUCAGCUUUGAUGAGGAUGGGAAUGUGUGUAGGGUUUUCAGUGAUACUCAUGAGUCUGUUUUGAACGGAGACGGUGAUUUCAGUGAUAGGAGUGAUUCCAGUGAUGAUCGUGAAGUGAGAAAUGGUACUCAGAAUGAUGAAGUUAUUCGGGAAGAGAAUCAUGCGUCUACACGGAGCAAUGAUAGUGAGAGCAGUCCUGUUAGUAACUUUAGAGGCUUCGAGUAUUAUAAAAUUAAUGGGAAUUACCAAGAUCAAGAAGGGAAGAUAGUUUUCUCUGCUCCAACGCCCGUGAAGAUGGAAGUCAGAGCUGAUUUGAUGAAGAACAGAAAGGCUGCGAAAAUUGGUACAUAGGAGGGGCAUUUCUUGUGUAUGGAUUCUCAAAAUCCCAUUUUUCCACUAGAUCAAUAAGCUGCUCUCUUCAUGUAGGGGUAGUGUUGACGGGGAUGGUAGUUUCCAAUUGUAUGGAUUCUCAAAAUCCCAUUUUCCCUCUAGAUUAAUAAGUUGUUCAUGUAGGUGUAGUGUUGGCGGGUGUGGUAUUUUUCGAUGGUUAAUGACAUAGUUGAUUGUAGGCCUAUCUGCAUUUAUGCAGAGAUUUGUGAGUGUAAUUUGCUUCCUUCUAACUUUUUUAUGUUUAGUGAUAGAUUUUUCA